AAGAAAAAUAGCAAUUACCUCAAACUACGUCUCUUAAUUAAGCAACAGAAGAUGCCGUCUCUUCCAGUAUUUUUCUAUGGUUGAAGAAGGAAGAAAGAAGAAGAAGCCAUGGCAGGAGUAGGACUUUUCCGAGAUGGAGAAUUUGAGUUUGUAUGGACAUCCGAAUGAGUCGUGGGAACUGAAUCUACCGGCGGACGGUGCUGCUGCUACAGCUCCCCGCCACCGCCAUCUCCAUCUCCGAGAAGACGAUAUCGCCAGAUUCUCCAAUUGGAUCGUUCAUGUUCAUUAUUUUUAGUUUCGCACUCUUUUUCAUUAUUUUGUGUGAAGCAUUUGAGAAGUGUUAAAAGCAGUCUUUGAGUUACUUUUGUGCUUGUAAUUGCAGGAGGGUCUUACUGAUGAACUUGGUGCUGAGGCCAUGAUGUUCGAGGCUUUGGAGAAAGUGCGUUAAUAUCACACUUUUCAACAAAUGUUCGGUCUACAUAAAAACAGCUAAUGAAAUUGCAUUUCUUUAAUUGUGAACAACAUGCUUGGGAUUAGGAAAGAAUAUCUUCCUAAGUACGAGGAAAAUUUGGAGCUAAGCAUUGCCAAAGGACAGCUGGAUGAGCUGAAGAGUGAUGCUCUUGAAGCAAUGGAGUCUCAGAAAAAGAAAAGAUCUCUCUCCUUUGCCUGAAGCUGACACCGGUGGUGUUACUGUGAUAGAAAGCUCGACUCCCAUUGCCGAAACAGCUUCAUCGAAGAUGAACAGUGCGUUGCAACCAAAAGAUGCUACAACUAGGGCUUGUUCAAUUCAGUAUGAAACAUCUAUUUCUCUUUUAGGAGAAGAUAUGUCUCCUCCUCUGCUUGAAGCAGACAAAGACGGUGGCGUUAUUGUUACAGAGAGUUCAACUCCCAUUGCAGAGGCAGCUUCUUCCAAAACUAACAAUGGAUCUCAAACAGAAGAUAUACAAAAAGAAGAUGAUGAAUCUACAAAGCCUGUUACUCUCAGGUUUUCAAGAGAUUGUUUCUUCUACAAAGCCUGACCAAUGUUACAUUGCUUUCCACGAUGAAGAGUGGGGAGUUCUGAUACGUAUGAGGCCAAUCACCCACCGACUCUCUAUCAGUACACGAGACGUAAGGCCCAGACGAAGUGAGGAAACGAAUGAAGAGUUGUGGCCCAAAGAGUGUUGGUACUUGAAGGGCAAGUUCUAGAAGAAUAAAAGGUAGUGAAGAAGUGAUGACUCACCGGCAAAGGCACAUGGGAUGUCGCUAUGAGCUGGCUACUAUGAGGUCACACAUUUGAUAGCGUCGUAGUAGUAUAAGUACGGAGAGAAUAUUGUGAGAGAGGGGAUCAUUUGGAUGAUCAUUGUGUAGUGAGGUGAGAGAAUCUCUCAUUGGUUUG